UUUCAGGGAGCUAUCACAAAGAGAAUGACUGCAAUCGAGGAGAUGGCGGGCAUGGAUGUCCUUUGCAGUGACAAAACUGGGACUUUGACUCUCAAUAAGCUUACUGUGGACAAGAACCUUGUUGAGGUUUUCGAAAGAGGCAUCACUCAGGACCAAGUGAUUCUCAUGGCUGCUAGAGCGUCUCGAACAGAAAACCAAGAUGCUAUCGAUACUGCAAUUGUUGGGAUGCUAGCUGAUCCGAAAGAGGCACGUGCUGGUAUUCAAGAAGUUCAUUUUCUGCCAUUCAAUCCUACUGACAAGAGAACGGCGCUGACAUACAUUGACGCUGAUGGCAAAAUGCACCGUGUUAGUAAGGGUGCACCCGAGCAGAUUCUUCACCUCGCUCACAACACAUCGGAAAUAGAGCGGAGGGUCCAUGCUGUGAUUGACAAAUUUGCAGAGCGUGGACUUCGAUCGCUGGCUGUAGCGUAUCAGGAAGUACCAGAUGGGAGGAAAGAAAGCCCUGGUGGCCCAUGGCACUUUGCUGGUCUGAUGCCACUUUUUGAUCCUCCUAGACAUGACAGUGCUGAAACAAUCCGGAGGGCACUUAACCUUGGUGUUAAUGUCAAGAUGAUCACAGGUGAUCAGCUCGCCAUUGGAAAGUCAACAGGGCGUCGCCUGGGAAUGGGUACAAACAUGUAUCCUUCAUCUGCUCUGUUGGGGCAGAAAAAUUCAGACGAGUCCAUUUCUGCUUUACCAGUUGAUGAUCUCAUUGAGAAAGCUGAUGGUUUUGCUGGUGUCUUCCCUGAGCACAAGUAUGAGAUUGUGAAACGCCUGCAAGCACGAAAGCACAUCUGUGGAAUGACGGGUGAUGGAGUAAAUGAUGCUCCAGCUCUAAAGAAAGCAGAUAUUGGUAUUGCUGUUGCUGAUGCCACUGAUGCAGCCAGGAGUGCUUCAGAUAUUGUCCUCACAGAACCAGGCCUCAGCGUGAUCAUCAGUGCUGUGCUUACCAGUCAUGCAAUUUUCCAGCGUAUGAAGAACUACACUAUCUAUGCUGUCUCCAUCACAAUUCGUAUUGUGGUAAGUUUUUCUUGUAUUUCACCUCUGAAUUAUACUUCCAGAGCAAUACAUGUUUCGGUCACAUGAUUUGCAAUGCUGGUUUUAAAUGGUGUCAAGUU